AUGUAAAUGUCAUUGUCAAAGUAUGAAUUUUUGACAACUUGACAUUGGCAAAUAGGUGGAAAAGAAAAUAAAAGUUUUAAUACAUUGUUUAUUUUAUUGAAAAAUGAGUGAUUUAUUUAAAAGUGCUUUCGAAUAUUUCAGCGGACCUAUCACGAAUCAAAGUGAAAACAGUUUUGUGGGGCAAGUAGUCGAAAUAUCCAAUGUAAAGUUAAAAAUUAAAAAAGUUAUAGCUGAAGGUGGUUUUGCAAUUGUAUAUGUUGCACAGGAUGUAGCUACAGGAAAAGAUUAUGCUUUAAAAAGACUCCUGGCAGCUGAUGAGGACACUAAAAAAAAUGUUAUACGUGAAAUUAAUAUCCUUAAGAAAAUUUCGGGUCACCCACACAUAGUGCAAUAUUUAUCUGCUUCAUUUGUUGAUAAGUCUCAAACGAAUCAUGGCCAGUCAGAAUUUUUACUUGUUACAGAGUUAUGUCCUGGUGGAUCCUUAGUUGAUAUUCUUCAGUCACGAACAACAGCUUUUAGUGCGGAGAUCAUUACAAAGAUAUUGUACCAAACAUGUCGUGCAGUUGCUCAUAUGCAUUCUCAAACACCUUCUAUUAUACAUCGCGAUUUGAAAAUAGAAAAUCUACUUAUUAGUUCAGAAGGUACAAUAAAACUCUGCGAUUUUGGAUCUGCUACUGUUGAUGUUUUUCAACCAGAUCUCACCUGGUCAGCCAACCAGCACUCUAGUUUGGAAGAUACUUUGGCACACUUUACAACACCAAUGUAUCGAGCACCAGAAAUGGUAGAUACGUGGAAUAAUUAUUUUAUUGGAGCUGCAGUUGAUAUUUGGGCGUUGGGUUGCAUACUGUAUACCUUAUGUUAUAUGAGACAUCCCUAUGAAGAUAGUGCAAAAUUACGAAUAAUUAAUGCAAAUUAUGUACUGCCACCUGAUCCAAAAUAUGCGUGUUUUCAUGAUAUUAUUAAGGGUUGUUUUCAACCAAAUCCUGAACAAAGAUUGUCAAUAUCGGGUAUUUUAGAGAGAUUAGCAGCUAUUGCAGAAACAAAUUCAUAUGAUUUGAAAGGUUCAUUACCUUUUAAAACAGCAUCAACAAUGGAUGAACAGGGAAAAGAAAAUGUUGGAGUUAAUAAUUCUUCUGUAGCUACAGAAAAAGUUCCACCACCAAGACCUACUCAAAGACCGAUCUCAGAACAUAUUUCCAAUGUUCCAAAGCCUGAAAGACCACCACCACCUAGUAAUCAGAAUAAUAUAGUACAUAAUCAGAAAAGUUCUUCUGCACAACCUCAAACUUCUUCACGUCAACAAGAGCCUAAGCAAGCCGGUUUAUUUUCUUCUCUUAAGGGUGGCGCCGGUAGUUUUUUAAAAAAUCUCAAAGAUACAAGUUCAAAAGUAAUGGCCACAGUGCAGCAGACUAUGGGAAGAACAGAUCUAGACAUACAUUAUAUAACUUCAAGAAUCAUUGUGAUGCCAUGCCCCUCUGAGGGGUUAGAAUCGGCUUACAAAACUAAUCAUAUAGAAGAUGUGAGGCUCUUCUUAGACUCGAGGCAUCCUAACUACAGAUACUCUGUGUAUAACCUAGCCAACAAGCAAUCUCAGUCAAGGUUUGGGCAGGCUAGAAUUGUAGAUUGUUCAUUUGCUUAUCCCGAACAUUUUAAGGCGCCACUACUUAAUUCCGUAUAUCAGCUUUGCGAAGAUAUUUACCAAUAUAUAGCAGGGGACAGUAGAAACGUGGUAGUAAUACAGUGUACAGAUGGUAAGGCUGUUUCAGCGACUCUGGUAUGCGCUUUAAUGAUUUAUGCUGGAUUAUAUGAAGUGCCAGAGGACGCUUUACAAAUGUUUGCUGUCAAAAGAUGUCCCCCAGAUAUGAGGCCUUCAGAACUGAGAUAUCUUUAUUAUCUAGCAGAUAUAGUUAGAAACCCGCCUUUGUAUCCUCAUUAUAAUCCAGUAACAUUAGUUUCUCUUCAAAUGCAACCUGUUCCUUUAUUUACUAAAGUAAGAGAUGGUUGUAGACCGUACAUAGAGAUUUAUAGUGAAAAUCGUUGUAUGUUGUCUACACUUCAAGAUUACGAGAGAAUGAGACUUUUUAAUAUAUCAGAUGGAAAAUGUUUGCUUCCUAUUAGUACCACUGUUUGCGGAGAUGUAUGUAUUAUUAUUUACCAUGCUAGAAAUGUUUUUGGCGGAGUUAUGACUCAAGGUAAAGCAACCGGAAUCAAAAUUUGCCAAAUUCAAUUUCAUACGGGCUACAUACCAGAGGAAGAAACGUCAAUCAGGUUUUCAAAAUCAGACCUGGACGAGUUGUCCGAUGGCCAAGAUCAUUUUCAACAAAGCUUUACAAUAACCUUAAAUAUUUUUGUGACUGAUACUGAAAAAAGACCCUCUCAGCCAGCGCCAUGGCAGACCGAUCAAACCGAUCGUAGUAUGGAUACUUUAUUUACUUCACAAAUAGAGAAAGAUGAAACGAUAGAUAAUUUUAAAAGCAAACCAAGCAGAAAACCUGUCCAACGUCCUCCUAGACCUGAGAGACCCAUAGCAGAACCUGGUUUUGCUUCUUCACCUAGUCAUCCAGAAGUUAAAGACGUCCCGCAAAAAGAGAAUCUAAAAUAUGACAUAGAUAUCAUUGAGACGGAAUCAAACAUCAAAAUAAUUGAGGAAGAAGUAGACUUACUUAACUUAAAUACUAAACCUUCUACAACAGAGAAUGUUAUUAAACACUCAGCAAGUUCGAAUUUUGAUCUCCUUAGCGGUUUAGAUGAUAGCCGAUUAAAUGAUUUUUCAACAUUCAACACGAAUCAAUCGAAUAACAAUAACAAGCCUACUAAAUCUAGUACCAAAAGUGAGACGUUUGAUCCUUUUGGGUCUUUAGGAGCUGCCCAAGAUAGCACAAACCUUUUAGGUAAUUGGAAUGGAUUUUCAAGUGCUAGUCCGCAAUCAUCAAAUAAUAAUAAACAAACAACUGGAACGUCAGUUUCACAAGAUAAUUUGCGACAGAAUGACGAUUUCUUUGCCGAUUUUGGAAAUUUGACUGACGCUACAUCCAGUUUACAUAAUGUUACUUCUCAAACAUCUCUUGCGUCGGGUAGUGGUAAUAGAACUCCAAAUGAGGCUCCCAAUACUCCUUAUAAUCAGUCAGCUUCCACAACACCGCAACAUCAUAACAAGUCAACUGGAGCUCCAGAUUAUAACAGGGUACAUUUUGAACCGUUGAGCAGCAAAUCAAAUUCCAAUAAAGAAGAUCCCAAUGUAAAACCAAAAAGUGACGACAUUUUUGGCGAUCUGCUAGGUUCGCAAGGUUAUUCCUUUACAGCUAAGAAAGAUAACAUGCCUAGAACGAUAAAUGCAAUGAGAAAAGAAGAAAUGGCUGUUUAUAUGGAUCCCGAAAAAUUAAAAGUUAUGGAAUGGAAAGAAGGAAAAAAGAACAAUAUUAGAGCUUUGUUGUGCUCAAUGCAUACUAUUCUAUGGGAUGGCACUAAAUGGAAUAAAUGUGAAAUGCAUCAACUAGUCUCGAGUACCGAUGUGAAGAAAGCGUACAGGAAAGCGUGUCUUGCAGUUCACCCUGAUAAGCAAGUCGGAACCGAAAAUGAAAAUCUCGCAAAACUCAUAUUCAUGGAACUUAACAAUGCUUGGAGUGACUUUGAAAAUGAUAAGUCCCAACAGAAUAUGUUUAAUAGUUAAAGUUUAUCGAACUUGUUAUGUAGUCAUUCCAUUCGACAUUACUUUAGGUUUAAAGUGCUUGCAAAAAAACAUUAUAAUGUAUUUUAGAGCCAAAGGUCGUGAUUCUUUUGAAAGUUACUAAUUCGUUUUUAAUUUUUAACAUUUGGUACUUACAUAGUUUUAUGUAUAAUAAUGUAAUAUAGAACUUUUAUUUGAAAAGAAAUCACAAUCUAGGUUCUAGGUGAUAGUAGGGAUUUAAGAAGCAAUGUUUUCGUUAACUAUAGAUGUAUUUACACAGACAUGUACAGGGUAGUUCAUCCAAGUGACGAACUCAAUUUAUUUUUUUUAGAAAUUAUGUAAAUAAUUUUAAAUUUAUUUCAUUAAACUUUGAAGGUUAUUUGUUACUACUAGCUUUUACGUCCCACUAGUCAACUUGCAUACCCAACAAUGUUGCCGUUUGCUGUCCCUUAAUUUCGCAGUUCUGCCCGCAUAUGAACGAUAAUCGAUCGGGUAUUUCACGUGCAUUCUAAACAAAAAAAACUUACCCCUGAUACAAAACAAAGCAAUCAAAUCACGCGUACGGCGUGUUUUAUUUCUAUUACAUAUUUACAGGUAUUUUUAAAAAAUAAAAACAGCUCUAAAAAAAUAAAAAAGUUGUAUACUUGUGGGACACGAACCUGGGACCUCUCGAUCCUGAAGCCACGGCCUCACCAAUGAAUCCACAGCUGCUUGCGAAAUUGGCUAUAGCUAGGCUUUAGGGUUGAUUCUCACUAUACCUUCCGUUUCCAUUCCAUACCCGUUCCGUAUUUUUUAUUGUAUUGACAAUAUACGUAAGCUUCCGUUCCG